AUGGCGAAGGUUCGAGGAGAGUUGCCAUCGCAACAUACAGCUGAUCCAGAUCCACAGCUACUGUCGCCGCCGCCGCAGCUCCUAGACACCUCGAAAUCAGUAACAGACAUGUCUGUGCCUCCCAAAGAGGCAAAGGCGUUGUCUUCUAGCGUUUCGGCAGAAGACGUUGAUCUAACUGAUAAGGCCGUUCGAAAACUGAUCGAGGAUCUGCUGGAUCAGUUAGUUUUAGAAGUCGAUGGAACGAAUGAAAAGACGGGAAAGAAGGACGAUGAAGGUGAAGCCUCCCCCUCCGUUGAUGCUGCCGUGUUUGCUGGCGGGGAUCCUGAAACUACUGCGAGGAAGAAUGAUGGCAAUUAUACUCAAACCAAGUCUGGCACGACUGCACAAAAGUCCAACCACGGUUCUGAGAACGUGGAUUCCCAGGCCUUCCGAAUGCCACCCUUCACCUGGUCCUAUCUACACCAGAUUCUUCUUGACAGUGUCCUUCGAUCCAUUGAGGAUGAGUUCCACACUGUAACAGCCGCAGCACCGGUAGACACAACAUCUCCACAGAAAGCAACACCGGUGGAGGCGGAGGCAGAGUCGGAGGAUGAGACCGAGAAUGUAGCAUUGUCUAACCUUCAAGCCUUCAUCAAUGACCCCGCUAAUCAGGUUUAUGUUAUCAAUCUCAUACACCUCGUCUCGCAGCUCUCCGACGGCCUUGUUACUGCGAGUGGUGGUCUUCUGCCCCUACUUGCAGCUACUACGUCACCAACAAUGGAGCUAGAGGUGCAGGAGCCCUCGAGCGGUCUCUCGCUGAAGACUGCCCUAGGUUUUCUUCUGCGCGUGGCCAACAUCGCGGAUGUAGUUGUUUUUAUGCCCUCCGUCAAUCUCACCGCAUUGGAAAAGGAGACUGGCAUGAAUUCCGGUGGUAUCGUUCGUCAAUGCCUUCGACUGGCCUGCCUUUGCGCAGUUCGAAAUGCUCUCGAAGCCCGCCUCAAAGACUUUUUUCCUUCGGACGAGAUUCUAUCCCAGUUGCACAGUCAUCCGGCGCCACACCAUCACAUUAUCUUUCCUCUUCCACCUUUAACCUUGCGACCGCCGCUCAUGCAGGCGGCAUCGAAAACGUCAUUACCCUCGUCGUCUUCGGCGUCCGCUGAUUUAGCUGAAACCUCAGACGCAGCAACUGUUGCGGCAGCUACAGCUCGAGCCAGGCGACAGUCUCUUUCUGCCUUCUAUUUCUACGGUUUGUUGCGUCACAAAUUGGAGGUUAUUCAGCGUCUCGCCAAUCCAGCUACCGGUACCGCUCCCCUCACUCCGAAAUGCGUAAUCUUCCUUGAUCAAUUGCGACGCCUUCCGCCUGGUCUUCAACGCCUCGUGCUUGGCUUAAGACCUUCAAUGGCAAACUAUGCUCCGGGAUUUAUGGGUGGGGUAUUCAAUAAGACUGUGGCCCAUCCUCUCGCAAACAUUGAAUCACUUCUUCAGAACGUUGACAUCAACCGCCUACACAACAUUGUCUACAGAGAGGAGGAGGAGACACGGCAAGUGCAGUUUGUCGCUCUAGCGGUGAUCUACUUUCUUUCCGUACUGAUGGUUUCCAAGUAUCGCGAUCUCCUUAAUCCCAUUGAUCUCUUGAGCCUGUGCCGACGUGAGGGUGCUCCACCGUCACUAUCUCCUACUCCCUUCUCUCCUGCUUCUUGGCGUCUCGGAUCUUCCGCCUCUGCUAACGCUCUCGCAUCUACUUCUGAACGUUAG